UUACAAACUGUCAGUUAUAAUUCUUUACCCAAAUGCAUCGAACACCAUCGGCUCAAAAUUAAUGUAUACAAAAGUAUAAAAAAUGCACUGCGCUUCAACGCCCGAUUUCGAGCGUCUGGAGACGUCCAAGUUUUCGAUUAGGUCACUCCGGAAGCGGCAAACCAAGUGUGUCCAACAGGAACUGAUCCGGGCCAUCGAUCGACGCCGAAGCCUUUCGAAGCGGCGCCGCCAUAAACCAUACGAUAAAACGUGGAGUCCCCUGAGCCCAUUGAAGAGGUCCAUUGGACGAGCAUCGGGCUUGUCACACGAAUACCUCCCACGAUGUGACCCGGUCACUCGAAAAGCAGUAGAGCUGUACUUAGUCAGUAAAUCUCAGGCGCUGAAGAUGCCUCUCGAAAGUUUGAAGAGCAACAAGCCGCUGAUGAUAGCCACCAUCAAUGGAUUCUUCGAACAACCGGAUUCGGUCCGGCAAAAGUUCAUCGAAGUGGCUGUCUUGAGUGAUGCAACUAGAAAUGGCCCCUGUUCGGAUCCGUUUCAAAUUUUCUUCGACUUGCACCGGAAGCAGUCCCGGAUAGAACGUUUCCUGAAUUCAUCCGAGGGCCGUGAUGUAGACAUUGGAGUUUUCGCUAUGAAUCUAGAGAGAGCCGAGGCAGGCGAAGAGGCAGAUCCAACAAGGCUGACUUUAAUUACCAGAAAAAGGUUUGUGGAGGAAUGCGAACAGCUGUGGAAAAAUAUGACUCCGGAACAAAAGUUUCCUUUCUUUGCACAAGCAUUUAUUGGGACACAUUUUCCACAAGAAUUGGAUCAAGCCCUACAAUGAUUUAUGGCCCAAAAACCGAUUAGUUGGAUAUAAAAAAACUAAAUUAUUUACAUAUUUAAAAAAAAAAAAUAAAAAAUCAUCUGG